GCUCAAAGAGUAUCAAAACCCACUAUCGUUUAGCAAAUCCAUUUGUAGUAGGUGUCACUGGCCGUUGUAGCGUCGAUUAAAGCAGCGCACCUUCAGCUUUCCACCAUGCCAUCCAGCGCUGAUAACGCCUACGUGGUCCUCCACAACCAGCACCGCAUGCCUCAGCUGGGCUUGGGUGUGUGGAAGGCCGCAGGGGGUGAUCAGACGUACCAAAACGUGAAGUGCGCACUGGAGGUUGGUUACCGGCUCAUCGACACCGCAUCCCUUUACGGGAACGAAGCCGACGUGGGACGCGCCGUGCGGGACUGUGGCGUCCCACGCGAGGAGGUGUUCAUCACGACCAAGGUGUGGAACUCCGAUCACGGCUAUCAAAAGACCAUUGACGCCUUGGAGCGCAGCCUAGCCGCGCUGGGAGUUGACUACGUGGAUCUCUAUCUGAUUCAUUGGCCCGGUCCGCAGGAGUCGUUCUUGGAGACGUGGAAGGCGAUGGAGUUCCUCUACGAAAAAGGCAAGGCCCAUGCAAUUGGGCUGUCGAACUUCGACGCGGAUCAAACCCAGGCGGUGCUCGACCACUGCAAAAUACGGCCGAUGGUGAAUCAGGUCGAGGUCCACCCGCUUGCUCAGCAGAAGGCGCUGCGCUCCUUGUGUGCGAAGGCAGGCGUUGUUGUCAUGGCGUCUCGCCCGCUGUGCCGUGGGGAGGCUCUGAAGCUGCCGAUUCUGCAGGAAAUUGCAUCCAAGCAUCACCACACGGUGGCGCAGGUGUUGCUGCGGUGGAAUCUGCAGUCUGGAAUGGUGGCGAUCCCCAAGUCGAACCACACCGACCGCAUUCGCGAAAACUUCCAGAUUCACGAUUUUGUACUGGAUGAUGGCGAAAUGAAAAAGAUUGAGGCGCUGAAUGAGGAGAAGCUGUUCGGCAACGACAGCAAAACGUUCUUUCCCCUCGAGUACGGCCCGUGA